AUGGGCAAGAAGAGGUCGAGAAACAAAUCAUCGAGACGUGCCAAUCCUUCAUCAGCACAAGAAGGCCCAUUAUCAUCGGCACAAGAAGAUCCACAUACUGGUGUAUCAGCAGCAUGUGCCAAGCCAGUAGCUCUGCAAGCUGAUCGUCCUUCAUCAGCACAAGAAGGGUCAUCAUCAUCGGCACAGACAGCUGCUGCUUAUGUGGCAAGUCCAUCAGUGGCGAACACAACUGCUGCUCCAGCACCUGCACAACGAUUGUACGCUGAACGUCAAUGUUGCUUAAAAGAGUUCUUGGAGAAUUGUCAUCAAUGGGUUGAGGAGGAGUUCAAUCGUGGGUGUCAAAACAUGCUUAAAAUUCUCAUAGUGGAAAUUGCUGAUUUGGAGUCAAAAGACAUAACACGUGGGCCCCUGACUGGUGAAAAUAUCUUUGUUAUUGGCAUUGAGGUUGAGAAUCUGAAGGUUUUGAUUUUGAAUACCCCACGUGAAUGCAACCCGGGCAUGCCAUGCUAUCGUGAACAAUUUCGAACAUUGGUAUCAGAAGUGGUUCGUGCAUGGGAAGCUACUCGUCCCUUGGCGACGAAGCAUUUUCUCAAAAUGAUAGAAUAUUGCAUACCUCAGUUCUACUUUAAGCAACUAGAGUGGCAUCCCCUACUAUUAUCAUCUGAAGAACAAGCCGAGCUUAUAAUCCAUGCUUAUAUACAUCUUCAGAUUGAGAGUAAAGGUUGGAAAGAGGAUUACAAAAAGGUUAUACCAAGAAGAAACGUUGAUUUUCGCAAAACUCUUGGUAGUGCCUUUGGUUUCUCUAAUGUUUACAAAUUCAGAGCCGUCGAAUACCAGCCAAAUCCGCUAGGGGCACUAAUGUUUUACAGAAAUGCACACUUUCAUGUUAAUGACCAUAUCUACGAGCACCAAAAGAAGAACAAAGUGAAACCAGAGCUAAUAAAAGAUGCGCUUUUGACAACAGCGCAAAAAGAGAAUAAGCUCGCUCACUUCUUCCCAGAAGUGCCCCUAGAGUUAUUCAAUUACAUGCUCAUAAAGGGCAUUGACAUAAAUGCUGCAAUUUGA